AUGAGAGGGUCUCUGGCUUUUGGCAGAGUUAUCCAUUCAUUGUCAGAAGUUAGUCUGUUAACAUUGAAACUGGGGCCCAGGUCCCCACCAUCAGAACAAAGCGAAGCCUUCUUGAUGGACACGAUGAGGCGAGUGGUACGACAGAGCAAGUUUCGGCAUGUAUUUGGGCAAGCAGUGAAAAAUGACCAGUGUUACGAUGACAUCCGGGUUUCUCGAGUGACCUGGGACAGUUCCUUUUGCGCUGUCAAUCCCAGAUUCGUUGCCAUAAUCAUAGAAGCGAGCGGGGGAGGAGCGUUCCUUGUACUCCCUUUGCACAAGACUGGUCGAAUUGACAAAUCCUACCCGACAGUAUGUGGCCACACAGGACCAGUGCUGGACAUAGACUGGUGCCCACACAACGACCAGGUCAUUGCCAGCGGCUCGGAGGACUGCACUGUUAUGGUAUGGCAGAUCCCAGAAAAUGGACUCACCCUUUCCCUGACCGAGCCCGUGGUCAUCUUAGAAGGCCACUCAAAGAGAGUUGGCAUCGUAGCCUGGCACCCGACGGCCCGCAACGUGCUUCUCAGUGCAGGCUGUGAUAAUGCCAUCAUCAUCUGGAACGUGGGGACCGGGGAAGCCCUGAUAAACUUGGAUGACAUGCAUUCAGACAUGAUUUACAAUGUCAGCUGGAACCGGAAUGGUAGUCUGAUCUGCACAGCCUCCAAAGACAAGAAAGUGAGAGUAAUCGAUCCGAGGAAACAGGAGAUUGUUGCUGAGAAGGAGAAAGCACAUGAAGGGGCCCGACCCAUGAGAGCCAUCUUCCUGGCCGACGGCAACGUCUUCACCACUGGCUUCAGUCGAAUGAGCGAGCGGCAGCUGGCUCUCUGGAACCCGAAAAAUAUGGAGGAACCAAUUGCUCUUCAUGAAAUGGACACUAGCAAUGGGGUUUUGCUGCCUUUCUACGACCCCGACACCAGUAUUAUUUACUUGUGUGGAAAGGGCGACAGCAGUAUCCGCUACUUCGAGAUCACAGACGAAUCCCCUUAUGUCCACUACCUCAACACCUUCAGCAGCAAGGAGCCUCAGAGGGGAAUGGGUUACAUGCCUAAGAGGGGACUCGAUGUCAACAAAUGUGAGAUUGCCAGAUUCUUCAAACUUCACGAGAGAAAGUGUGAACCUAUUAUCAUGACUGUCCCCAGGAAGUCUGACCUUUUCCAAGAUGACCUGUACCCCGACACGGCAGGGCCUGAGGCAGCCCUGGAGGCAGAAGAGUGGUUUGAGGGGAAGAAUGCCGAUCCACUCCUCAUCUCGCUGAAGCACGGAUACAUCCCUGGCAAAAACAGGGACCUCAAGGUGGUCAAGAAGAACAUUCUGGACAGCAAGCCCACGGCAAACAAGAAGUGCGACCUGAUCAGCAUCCCCAAGAAGACCGCAGAUGCUGCCAGCGGGCAAAAUGAAGCCAAGUUGGAUGAGAUUUUAAAAGAGAUCAAAUCUAUAAAAGACACAAUCUGCAAUCAAGAUGAGCGUAUUUCCAAGUUAGAACAGCAGAUGGCGAAGAUAGCGGCUUGA